AUGCCGAAGAGCAACGCCAAGGGUAAGGGCGGGAAGAACCGCCGACGCGGGAAGGGCGACGGCGGAGAUGAGAAACGAGAGCUCAUCUUCAAGGAGGAUGGUCAAGAGUACGCGCAGGUGCUCCGCAUGCUCGGAAACGGGCGCUUAGAGGCGCAGUGCAUCGACGGGGUGAAGCGGUUGUGUCACAUUCGCGGUAAAAUGCGCAAGAAGGUGUGGGUGAACACCGGGGACAUCGUCCUCCUGGGCUUGCGGGACUUCCAGGAUGAAAAGGCGGAUGUCAUCUUGAAAUACUUGGCCGAUGAAGCGCGCUCCUUGAAGGCGUACGGCGAACUUCCGGAGACGUUCCGCGUGAACGAUACGGACGGUUUCGAAGAAGAGCGAGACGAAAACGACGACUUCUUCGAUUUCGAUGACAUCAACGACAUCUAA